AUGCAGGACAAAACCAAGAAUUUGCCGUUGGAACUAUGGCGUGUGAUUCUGUCGCAUUUGAGCACUGUGGAUUUAUGUCACUGUUGUCAGGUUUCGAAAAUUUGGGCAGAGUUAGUCCGCAGUUUGGACAACACGCGUUGGAAAGAGUUGUAUUUAUUCAGAAACCCUUGGCGGCAUCCGAACUGGCCGAACAAACCAAAAGAGGACCCACAGUCGUGGCAGAAAGCAUACAAAGAAAGGUUCCUAGCUUCGAGACAGUGGCUUAAGUCGGGGGCCGAAACGAAGUGUGGAUUAGGUGUAUGGCAUUUUUUAAAGAAACGCAGUCCAAAAUGCUUGUACGUUGGGUACAAUCGUACAUACACACGACUCAAGGACGCCAUUGCCGCAUCUUCGGCCUACGACACGAUUUACAUCGACAACGAAGUUCGAGAGGAACAGUCUCCUUUGAUCAUCAAACAUCCAUUGGAAAUCAUCGGUAAAGGCAACGAAGGCAAAAUUCGUCUAAGUGCGAUCGAAAUACAGUGUCCUACAGCCCGAAUUUCAAACGUUUGUCUUCGUCCUAGCUCGCACAGGCCUCAGAACCCACUACCAACAGUGUUAAAGGUCAGUAUUUUUACACAGACUUCGUAGCUUUAUCAGUUCUAAACUGUUCUCCCUAGAGGUCCAGUAUUAAAGGACCAUUAUUCGUUUAUUGCUCCAGUGUUACUACAAGAGGAAACCAAUACUACACUAACUUUAUUUAAUAUUUAUACUGGCCAGCUCUAUCAGUACGUUCUAAACUGUUCUUCCUAGAGGUCGAGGUCUAUAAAGCGUCAUCUUCAACUUGUUUAUAGUUGUAACUAAUACAUUCUUAUAAUUGUUUAAUUUUUACUGCCUUUAAAAAGCCUACGAUUCAAUGAUUUUGCCGGUUUUAAACUGUAAACCUAAAGUUCCAAGGGUUCUAUUAGUAGUUUUGAAUUUGAAAUAUAUUCCACACGACUAAAAGCUCAUUUUAUUUCAAAGAAGGAAUAGCCAUUUUAAUUUUGCUAUUUCUGUUUGCCUUUUGUGUUAAAUAAGCGCAGCAUAUAAAAACAGCUGCCGGCGAAAUUUUUAUUAAUAAAAGUGUGUUCGUUUAAAAGACUGUCUGACAACAGGUUAUUAAAUUAAUUUUUUCCAUGUCUGCUUUUGGCUUAGGCAAACGUUUGGACAACAACAAUUUGAAGUUGAUUCUGAGCUUGCCUUUUAAGGAAAGCUUACAGUAACUAUUUCUCCAGGGCGACUAAAAAGCUUAUAUUAUCACAGGGUCAUCUAGGUGGGGGGCUAAUACUUUUAAUAUCCCCCUCUAUUAACACAUUUGUACAUGUACAGUAUUAAGAGGCUAGCUUGCUUUAUCGAUGCACACUUUAUCCAUGUUUAGACGAAGAAGCCAGCUUCCAAAACAAAGCUUUUGGGCUUACAAUUCUGUGAUUUAACUCAUUGAGUGGCAGUACUCUUCCCUUGACAAGCAAAUCAUCUGGUGUUAGACGGAAUAAAAUGAUACAGUAGGGUGCAUCAGGGCAUUGCCAUUUAACAUGGUUAAAUAUAUUUUCCAUCAAACUUGAAAUUGCACUUUUGCGAGUAGUUUUGCGGCAAUAUUUUUAAUGGCAAUUACGGAUCUUGGCAAAUGGGUAUGUCCCAAACAUUUUUACCAUCUGAAAUUCAUGUUUAGGUAACCAGUGGUAACUUGUAUCUGGACAACUCGAGUAUCGAACAUGGUCAUGUCCAGGUCACGUCUCCUGGCGGAGUUUAUAUCACAUACUGCUCGUUUAACAACGCUUCAGUACAACUACGAACAUCAUGUAUGUGCAAGAUCGACCAUUGUGAAUUCCAACAUGGUGAGCACUCUGCGAUCUUAAUCGAAGGCACGCAAUCACUCGGCAAGUAUAUGCCGCUGGGACUCCACUUCGUUGACUGGACUGCGACCCAUAGCCACAAGAAUUUAACCGUUGAAGAGCUGUAUAGCCAUAUUGUUCAGCAAAAUUUACAAAAAACUUUCAAAGUUCCAGACGAAGAGAUGACGGAUUGUCAUUUACUUGUCAAAGACUUGAAAGAGAAAUUAAGCUUGUCGGGCAGCGAGAAAUUUGUAAUUCCGCCAGAAAUGAGCAUCCCGCUCGCACAACGAACCAGUUUGCCAUUGCGGAUAGGGGCUCUAACUACACUCAGGAAUUCGACGGGGUGUGUUGUACGUGAAUGUCACUUCCACUCCAAACGAGGGGCGGUCCAUAUACGACGACAGGGGUCCGCUUGGGUUGAGGGUUGUGAAAUCUCCGGUGUUGCUUACGGUAUUCGGUGUAUGGGUGGUUCCAAAGUCAUUCUUCUCGCAAACGCCAUACACGAUUGCAACACGUCUGGGGUGUUUUUUCGUGACCGCGCAGGCGGGUUGGUUGCAGGGAAUGUGAUUUUUCAGAACGGGGAAGCGGGUGUAGACAUUCGCAACUCAUCCGACCCAUUUCUGCAACACAAUCAGAUUUUCAAUGGUCGCAGAUCUGGCGUGGUCGUCCUUGAUAGUGGUCGAGGGAUGUUGGUGGAUAAUGAUAUCUAUGACAACAGAGAAGCUGGCGUGUACAUUCUCUACCGAGGGAAUCCAAUUGUCAG